UCUUGGGGGCGGGUACUGCCGAGCAGGUUUUCAGGAAACAUGAGUAGGCUAUUAUCAGGAAGUAAAGAGUUUUUCAGAUUUGUUGUUUCGCAUGUGAGUUAAGCAUUACGUCGUUUUAUACAUGUUAAAGGCACGAUCAUCAUUGUUGUUACCAAAAUAGAGAGUUUCCCCUUAGGUUUUGUCUUUCCUGGGCUGUGCGUACGACCUCCAAGGCCAAAGACCAUGAACCGGGCGCCCUUGCAGCAGCCCCAGAGCUGCGGGUCCUGGGAGCUGAAGGAGCGACUAGGCACCGGGGGCUUUGGGAAUGUCACCAGGUGGCAGAACAAGGACACAGAGGAGCAGGUUGCUAUUAAACAGUGCCGACAAGAACUGAGCGAGAGAAACAAGGAGAGAUGGUGUCUGGAGAUCCAGAUCAUGAAGAGGUUGGACCAUGUCAACGUGGUGGCGGCCAGGGACGUUCCAGAAGGGAUGCAGAGACUAGUUGCCACCAACGACCUGCCAUUACUGGCCAUGGAGUACUGCCAGGGAGGCGACCUGAGGAAGUACCUCAACCUCCUGGACAACUGCUGUGGAAUGAGGGAGGGAUCAGUCCUGAUUCUGCUGCGGGACAUUUCCUCGGCCCUAACGUACCUCCACAAAAAGAGGAUCAUCCACAGAGAUCUGAAACCCGAGAACAUUGUGCUGCAGCAGGGGGAGAAGAGGUUGAUCCAUAAAAUCAUAGACCUGGGCUAUGCCAAGGAGCUGGACCAGAGUAGCCUGUGUACGUCAUUCGUCGGAACGCUGCAGUACCUGGCGCCAGAGCUGAUUGAGAGACAGAAGUACACGGUCACGGUGGACUACUGGAGUUUUGGCACGUUGGUGUUUGAGUGCAUCACAGGAUUCCGCCCCUUCUUACCAACCUGGCAACCUGUUCUCUGGCACAACAAACUGAGGUUGAAACAAGAUCACGACAUCGUGGUGUACGAGGACCUGAGCGGCGAGGUCCGCUUUUCUAAACAUCUGCCCCCGCCAAAUAAUCUAAACAGUCUGUUGUUGGAGAGGAUGGAAAAGUGGCUGCAGCUGAUGCUGAAGUGGUCUCCACAGGAGCGAGGCAAAGACCCCAACUCCACAUCGGGCAACUGCUUCUCCCAGCUGGAGACCAUCCUGGAGCUCAAGCUGGUCCAUGUGCUCAACAUGGUCUCCGGCAAGAUAUUCUCCUACUCGGUCACGGCCGGUGAGACAGUGACUGACCUACAGCUGCGAAUAGAGCAGGACACAGGCAUCCCUCCAGCCAAUCAGGAGCUGCUCCUAGAAACCGGGGUGGCACUGGAGUCUGGCAAAGAGGCCCUGCAGUGUGCCGUGGACUACACAGAGAUAGACGGCCGGCGAACAGACAUGCCUCUGGUCUUCCUAUUCGACCGGUCCUCCUGCAGCUACGAGCCACUGUUCACCCCCCGCACCCUCCCGGAGAACAUCCGCUUCGUCCAGACGGACCCCAAGCACAUGCUGCCCUACAGCCCACUGAGGAGGACGUGCGGCCAGGCGUGGCAGACCAUUCGCUCUCUGAAGGAGGACUGGCAGAGGCUGCAGCAGGGCCAGAAAGCGGCCAUUAUGAGCCUGCUGAGACACAACUCGUCGCUGUCCAAGCAGAAGAACGAGAUGGUGUCCAUGUACCAGAGACUCACGGCCAAGCUGGAGUUCUUCACCACCAGUCUGAGCAUCGACAUGGAGAAGUACCAGGAGCAACGGGCCGCCGGGAUCGCGUCAGAGAAGCUCCUAAGUGUGUGGAAGGAGAUGGAGCAGACGGCUGCCAGCUGUGGCCAGGCCAGGGUGAGUGAGCUGGAAGAGGAGAUGAUGAUGCUGCAGACCGACAUCGUGGAGCUGCAGAGACAGCCAUGGAGGAGUGGAGAGGUUCUGGAGACCCUUGAAGGAAAAGCCAUGGAACUCUUCAGGAAGCUCAGAGAGAAACCCAGAGAACAGAGGUGCUCGGGGGACAGUCAGGAGGUAGUUCGUCUGGUGGUGCAGGCUCUGCAGUUCUAUGAGAGGAAACUUAGAGACUUCUACACUCACCUGAGUAAGACAGUCGUGUGCCGCCAGCGUGUGAUGGAGCUGCUGCCAAAGGUGGAGGGCGUGGUCCAGAGGAUGGCUGAGAGCGAGCAGGUCCUUAUGGGACUCCAGGAGAAACGCCAGAGGGAACUGUGGGAGCUGCUCAAAGUGGCCUGCAGUAAAGUCCGCAGCCCAGUCAGCGGGAGUCCCGAUGGUAUGAGAACCCCCUCUUCAGUACCCCAACUCCUGACCCCAAGACAGAGCCUGCAGAAUCCUAAUAUUGGCAACAUGACUCGGUGGUGUGUGGUGGGAAUGCCUCCAGGUCGUCUGACGGUCCUCCUCUCAGAGAUGAGCCGCUGGUGGAGCAGAGCAGGAUGUUCGAGAGCCGCCUGCAGUGUCUGCUGAAGGACACCAUCCAGGAGUCAGAGAGCUCCAUGGAGAUGCUGAGAGAGUGGACAUGGAUGAAUGGCGGGCAAGAUUUCUCCAGCGAUCUCUCCUAAGUGUCUUGUAACUGUACUCUUUUGUAAUGUGGUACUCUGCUGCCCCUCUGUGGAGAUGUGGGUGAAAUACGUUCUGGUUUGAUAAAUAAGAGUCGAUGAUCAUCCUUGGUCUGUUACUAGACGAUGUUCGGGCUGUGAGAUUUGCAAGUGACCAAACGGAUGCGGACGUUUACAGAAUAAACUUUUUUUGCCCGAUAUGUCAAAGUCAAAGUAAUUGCCUUGGUGCAUUUCACUUCACUAAUGUAUGUAGAAUAAGGUACACAAAGAAUGCACAUGUAUAAUGAAUAUUUGGAGACAGUGCAAACCAUCUAUACUAUUAGAUAUAUAGACAUAUAUAUAUAUUUAUAUAUAUAUAUAUAUUUCACAAAACAGAUGUGAAUAACUUGGAAACAAGUGGGUAAAUUUAUGUUUCAUCAAAAUGUCUUUAAAAAAAGUCAUUAUUUUCCCCUUUUUUUUUUCAGUAUGGAAAUAUUGUUGUAACUUUGCCAUUGUUAAGAUGUUCAAUAUUUGUACUGUUUUGUACUGUUUCUUAAUUUACAUUAUCUUUAGACCAAAAUGUAUGUUAAGAAAAUCUCAGGUGUCAUUCACUCAUGUAUAUUUUGAUUUAAUUAUUAAGGCCUAAAUGAUGCUGUUGCAAUGCUGAACAACCCUUUCCACAGAUGUAUACCUUCAAUCUCAAGUCAAACUACACAAAUAACAAAGUAGAACCAUUCUCUGCUCUGGUUUGGUUUAUGCAGCUGCUUCAAUGUUUAAAUAACAAUGACGUUAAGAUAGUUUUACAGAUCAUGUUGUUGAGGGGUUUCAGUGUAACCCCAAAAUAAAUUUGAUACAUUGCUAUACUUGG